GCGGCGGCCCGAGGCGGCGGCGAGGACGCGGGGACGCGAGGACGCGGCUUUGUGCAGGCGGGUCGCGGGGCGCCCAUGGCGGAGUGCGGCCGGGGGGGCGCCGCCGGCGGGGCCCUGCCCACCUCCCCGGGCCCGGCCCUCGGCGCCAAGGGCGCCCUGAAAGCCGGAGUAGGGGAAGGCGGUGGCGGGGGAGGUCGCCUCGGCCACGGGCGGGCGCGCUAUGACAGCGGCGGGGUUUCCAACGGAGACUGCAGCCUCGGCGUGUCCGGCGACGAAGCCCGGGCCAGCCCUGCCAGGGGACCCCGCGGCGUUGCGCUCGCCCCGACCCCCAGCGCGGUUGUCUGUCCCGUCCCCCGGGAGAGCAAGCCGGGCGGCCUGCCCCGCCGGAGCAGCAUCAUCAAGGAUGGUACAAAACAGAAGAGGGAACGGAAAAAGACAGUCUCAUUCAGCAGCAUGCCAACAGAGAAGAAGAUCAGCAGUGCGAGUGAUUGUAUUAAUUCAAUGGUUGAGGGUUCAGAACUCAAAAAGGUUCGCUCCAACUCUAGAAUUUAUCAUAGGUACUUUUUACUGGAUGCCGACAUGCAGAGCCUAAGGUGGGAGCCAUCUAAGAAGGAUUCCGAGAAAGCCAAGAUUGACAUUAAAUCCAUCAAGGAAGUGAGAACAGGAAAAAACACAGACAUAUUCCGCAGCAAUGGCAUUUCUGACCAGAUAUCUGAAGAUUGUGCAUUUUCUGUCAUAUAUGGAGAGAAUUAUGAGUCACUGGAUUUGGUUGCCAACUCUGCAGAUGUUGCAAACAUCUGGGUUACAGGACUGCGGUACCUAAUUUCUUAUGGAAAACAUACACUUGAUAUGUUAGAAAGUAGCCAAGAUAACAUGAGGACUUCUUGGGUUUCACAAAUGUUUAGUGAAAUUGAUGUAGAUAACCUUGGACAUAUAACUCUGUGUAAUGCUGUGCAAUGUAUCAGAAACCUCAAUCCCGGUUUAAAAACAAGCAAAAUUGAGCUUAAGUUCAAAGAAUUGCAUAAAUCAAAGGACAAAGCUGGUACCGAGGUCACAAAGGAAGAAUUUAUUGAGGUUUUUCAUGAGCUUUGUACUAGACCUGAAAUUUAUUUCCUUUUAGUUCAGUUUUCAAGCAAUAAAGAAUUCCUUGAUAUCAAGGACCUUAUGAUGUUUCUUGAGGCAGAACAGGGUGUGGCACAUAUAAAUGAGGAAAUAAGCCUUGAAAUUAUUCACAAAUAUGAGCCAUCCAAAGAGGGUCAGGAAAAGGGCUGGCUGUCCAUAGAUGGGUUCACUAAUUACCUUAUGUCACCUGACUGUUAUAUAUUUGAUCCAGAACAUAAGAAGGUCUGUCAGGAUAUGAAGCAACCUCUGUCUCAUUACUUUAUAAAUUCAUCUCAUAAUACAUACUUAAUAGAGGAUCAGUUCCGAGGUCCCUCCGACAUCACAGGAUAUAUUCGAGCUCUUAAAAUGGGUUGCCGGAGUGUUGAAUUAGAUGUAUGGGAUGGGCCAGACAAUGAACCUGUGAUUUACACAGGCCACACCAUGACCUCUCAGAUAGUUUUCCGCAGUGUCAUCGAUAUUAUUAACAAGUAUGCAUUCUUUGCUUCAGAGUAUCCUCUUAUCUUGUGUUUAGAAAACCACUGUUCCAUUAAACAACAGAAGGUAAUGGUUCAGCACAUGAAGAAACUUUUAGGAGACAAGCUCUAUACAACAUCACCCAAUGUUGAGGAAUCUUAUCUACCAUCCCCAGAUGUCCUGAAAGGGAAAAUACUAAUUAAAGCAAAGAAGCUGUCCUCAAAUUGCUCUGGGGUAGAAGGAGAUGUUACUGAUGAAGAUGAAGGAGCAGAAAUGUCUCAGAGGAUGGGAAAAGAAAACGUGGAGCAACCCAACAAUGUGCCUGUGAAGCGAUUUCAGCUUUGUAAAGAACUAUCUGAACUGGUCAGCAUCUGCAAAUCAGUUCAGUUCAAAGAAUUUCAGGUGUCAUUUCAGGUUCAGAAGUAUUGGGAAGUCUGUUCGUUUAAUGAAGUGCUUGCCAGCAAGUACGCCAAUGAAAAUCCAGGGGACUUUGUAAAUUACAACAAGCGUUUUCUUGCUAGGGUUUUUCCCAGUCCAAUGAGAAUUGACUCCAGUAACAUGAACCCUCAAGAUUUUUGGAAAUGUGGUUGCCAAAUUGUAGCCAUGAACUUUCAGACACCAGGACUGAUGAUGGACCUGAAUAUUGGCUGGUUUAGGCAGAACGGAAACUGUGGCUAUGUCCUCCGGCCAGCCAUCAUGAGAGAGGAGGUCUCCUUCUUCAGUGCCAAUACAAAAGACUCUGUCCCAGGGGUCUCACCUCAACUUCUUCACAUUAAAAUCAUCAGUGGGCAGAACUUUCCCAAGCCCAAAGGAUCAGGUGCCAAAGGUGACGUGGUGGAUCCUUAUGUCUAUGUUGAAAUCCAUGGAAUCCCUGCUGAUUGUGCAGAACAAAGGACAAAAACAGUGCACCAGAAUGGAGACGCUCCCAUUUUUGAUGAAAGCUUUGAAUUUCAAAUCAACCUGCCAGAAUUGGCCAUGGUGCGCUUUGUAGUGCUGGAUGAUGACUACAUCGGGGAUGAAUUCAUCGGCCAGUAUACAAUUCCCUUUGAAUGUUUACAGACGGGCUACCGCCAUGUCCCCCUGCAGUCCUUAACUGGAGAGGUCCUUGCACAUGCUUCCUUAUUUGUCCACGUGGCUAUUACUAACCGAAGAGGAGGAGGGAAGCCUCAUAAAAGGGGCCUUUCUGUGAGAAAAGGGAAGAAAUCCAGGGAAUAUGCAUCUUUGAGAACAUUGUGGAUUAAAACUGUGGAUGAGGUAUUCAAGAAUGCCCAGCCCCCUAUACGGGAUGCCACAGAUCUGAGAGAAAACAUGCAGAAUGCGGUGGUGUCAUUCAAGGAGCUGUGUGGUCUGUCCUCUGUGGCCAAUCUCAUGCAGUGCAUGUUGGCGGUGUCCCCCCGCUUUCUGGGGCCUGAUAACACACCCCUAGUGGUCCUGAAUCUCAGCGAGCAGUACCCCACAAUGGAGCUGCAGGGAAUUGUGCCAGAGGUUCUGAAGAAGAUCGUAACAACGUAUGACAUGCGUUCAUGGUAACCUUAAGAGACACCAGGAACUGAAUACUGGACACUGCAAGCAAAUUACAUAGAGUGGCACCUUCCUGCAGAGAGGAGGGAGGCCAGAUCAGGUGUCUGAUUAUGCUCGGGUGCUGAGUGCCACUGUGCUAAGUGCCAAAGGGGGCCACAAAGACUCAUACGAACAGCCCCAUCCUCGGGGAGCCAUCGAGUCCACCAGGAGAGAAAGCAAGGCCGGGGACCAGCAUCAACACAGCAAGCUUAUGCUGAGAUUCCUUUGGUGGGGAAAUGGAAAAAGGGGUAAAAAUGGAAAAGUUUGAAGAACUUUUACAUGCUGUGACCCAGACUGCCUAGAUAGUUCUUGACUUCUUAAGUUUUAUGAGACACAGCCAAAAAAAGUAACCAAUAUUUAUAGACGUUUUUUAAGCAUAAGCCACUAAUAAAAUCACAGACCUGUUUCAUUGACCAAAAUCUAAUAUGAUUUACCCCCUAAGACAUUUCUUUGGUUUCUGUGAUAGUCAUACAGUGACGUUUCUUCGUGGCAAGCUUUUUAACAGGGACUUCCUGAGAGUAGGGUGGUAGUCCCCCGUGUAGGUGAUAACAGCAUAACAGGGCAGGCCAAGUUCAGGGGCUGAUUUCUGCUCCAUCAGGAGUGUGAUCAUAGCUGGAUUCUCAUGGUCUGUGUUAAAAAUCCUUAUGGCCACCAGCAACCUUUACGGCACUCACAGCAAUAUUCAGCUCAGGAAUGGCUCAUUGCUCCUUGGUUCCCUGCUCCUUCCUCUUGGAAUGGUAGUUGCUAGCACUGAAUAUGUAACUCUUAUCUGCAUCUAACUGUAUCAUUAUAUUGUUUUAGAAUUGACAAGACAGAAUAUGCUAGCUUGCUUAAAAUUUUUAAAUUAUAAAAUUACUCUUUUAUAAUGUAUAAUUAAAAUAGCUGUGCAGCCUUAUACUGCCUUAUUUAUCGAUAUGUUCUGUUAAUUCCAUCUGACAAAAUAAGCUGAUAAAAUUUAAAAUUAAAUUCAAAUUAUAGCUGCCGCAAUAUUAUAACUCUUGUGAUAUUUUACAGUUCUUUUAGUGACUUAAUGGUUUCUUUCCUUGUGACAAUUUAUUAAAGCUAGCCAGAAUAGAUUAAAUAUUGAUGGGAAAUGUACUAAAGGUCUCGGACAGCCCGUAACUCUAAAUAUAGCUCUUUAUUUUUGUAAUGUUAUGUUGAGCUUGACCCAAAAUUAACCUUAGAAAUAAGAUCUUAUUUCAUUCUGUUGACUUCCCAUGUAUAAUGUGUGGAGGCGAAUGAGAAGUAAAGGCAAGUUGAGAAACUCCUCCAGAACUCCUGUGUUGUGGCCAGUCUACAUGCCUAAAGUGUGUCUUCCUGUGAGGACAGUGCCAUGGUACCUCCUGAAAUAUACGGAUGUGUAUUUAUGCUAUCAAGAUUGUGAUUACUUUUCAAUUUCUAGACUCUAUUAAUAAAAUAGUAUUUCAGAAGUGUGCCAGUUUCUUUGUGAAAACGGAGAAUGCAGAUCAUUGUCCUAAUGGCUCCCGUGAUUACCACCAACAAACAGGCCUUGAACACUGCUGGAAUUGUGCUUUUACAGGACUUGUGCUCUUGUGGCUCCCGUGGUGGGGUGAGCCUGGGACUUACCUCAAGAAGGCAGGUAUCAGAGCCAUUCAGGAGUGGAGAAGAGGAGAUGUUCACACACAUCCUUAGACUAGGCAGAUUAAGGUAGUUUUAGUAGGAACAGGACUGGGAUGGAAAGUGGGAAUGAUCCUGUUAGCAGUGCUGGAGUCAGAGACAUGAGUGUGGGAUAGAAGACACCUGCUGAACUUGUGCCUGGAGGCCUGGGGCACACAGAUGACCUUUCUUCCUCCCAGUGGUGAGCAAGGGCCCUAGGGUCCUCUUCCGCUAGAACCUAGAGCAAGAAAACUGCACGUAGCAACCCUAGGUAGGGAAAUUGUAGCAGGGCUGGAAGGGGGCCUCAUGCAAAUGGAGGCUUACUGGGCCUUUAAAUGAGGCAUCUUUGUCCACUUAAGCUCAGUGUCCUUAAGUACUUCAUCCUAUGAUUUAGGGACUCAACUUUUGAGGGCUCGUCUUCCUCUGGUCAACUUGUUCUCUCUGCCUCUCUUAAUGGAAGUGACCCUUGAGUCCCUUUUUUCAUACCUAUCUACUUUUUUUCAACAGAUGGGGGCUGGGCUCCAUUAUUAAGGCAUGUGGUUGGGCUUUUGCCCACAACUCCAUAUUUAUUGCGUUGAACAGUAUAUUUUAUUAUAUCAUACAUCAUGACCAUAAAGUCAGAGGGUCGAACUUUUGUACCAAAUGAUUGAUUUGCUUUAAAGAUGUCAUGUUUGGUUGUUUUGAAGUGGCAUAUAAUAGAAAUUUAAUUGGUUUAUUUCAAUAAAACAGAUACAGAAUAAGUUACUGCAUUUUUGGUGAUGAAUUCAACGCCCAUUUAUAAGCUCUUACCAUGUGUACUGCUCACUCAUCAACAAGUAUUUAUUGAGUGCCUACUGUGUACCAGUGACUAUUCUAGGCAACAUGAGGUAAUAUAAAGAUGAAAAAGACUUUUUUUUUCCCUUCAGGAGCUUAUAAUUUAGUUGAAGAGAUGCUACAGUAUGUUUAUAGAUAAUGGUAAGAUGAUAGACAAUAGAUAGUAAAUAGAUAUUUUAAAAUAUAUAAAUGAAUUAUUUGAAUCUUCAAAGGAGAAAAUGGUUAGUUUCAGGUUCAGGGAUUAGGAAGAUUUCAGUGAAACACUGGCCUUGAACUAGACCUGUAAGAAUGAGUUGGAAUUCAACUGGUAAAGAGGAGGCUAUUGCAAGAUGAGUUCACAGGGUGAAACAUGCUCAUAGGUGAAAUAUGCUCAAGCACAUAUUCUGGGAAAUCCAGGUUUGCACUGUAACAAAUAGUAGAUUUUUGAGCAAAGGACUAUGCUCAAAAUUAGGUAUUAUGGAAUUUGGAAGACUUGGAGUGAAACAGAACUCAGAGACCACCUGUUGAGCACCUUUAUUUUGCACAUGAGAAAAUGGAAACCCUGUAGCACAUCAAAUUAACAACAAAACUGGAGUUGGUACCCAAGUGGUAUCUCUGUCCAAUUUUUUUCUGCAAUCCAGAUCAGAAAAAUUAACUGUGUAGAAUGUGCAGAUGAAUGAUCAAUACAGCAAUAAAGCCCAAGUAACUUUAAUAAUAAUAAUCUGCAGUUAUUCAUGUGGGACUCUUGAAGUUACAGGCACCUUAUUUUUUGUUCUUGUGGCUGAUAAAUGUAGAAAAUUCUUCAUUUUGCAUUACUUAACAUAUAUUAAAAGGCAGAUUUAAUGCACUUAAAGAAAACCGUAAUCAAUAGAUCAAAUUCCACUCAAAGAAAUUUGAUCAUAAAUGUCUGAACACAUUGUUUAUAAUUUCAGAAAACAAAAAUGUAAAUAUUUUACUUAAAAUAUCUAUAAAUGAACUUGAAUGCACCCACUAUUGACAAUCAAGAUCAAGAUUGAGCUUGUUCACUCAUGUAAUUAGGGGCUGGUAAGAGAAAAUAAGGAAUAUGUAACCUGAGUUUAAGAGAGUCCAGUGACUAUCUGGAUACUCUUCAUAGAACACAGUGUUCUUAAGAAUGGAUCUGCACUGGCAUUUCAGUGCAUCUCCCCUCCCCCAUCAAUAUUUGUGAUUUAAUUCAUAAUCUUUAAAACUGAAGUGACUUUUACUAUCCUUUUAAUGUUGAGAGUGAUAAUUCCAUUCUCUGCCUAUCUUUAUUAGAUGCACGUUUACCAACUGUUGUAAACUUGAAUUUUUAAAAUUGUUACGAGAUCUGUACUAACCUAUAGAGAUCAAGGAGUCAACAUUCUUCCUCUAUAGAGAGAAAACAUUGAAAAUUUAAAUAUUUUGUGAUGUAUUACAUAAAAAGAAAGUUAUUUUCUAAAGUUUUUUGUUAAUUUUGCUGCAGUUUUUCUGUCAUGGACUAUGCUUUAGUCAUUGUAAUUAAAUUGAAGUCGUAGAGAGGAAAAAGGAGAGAAGAGGAAAAAAAUAAAGAAAAUGAAGCCCACCUCUGUCUUACAGGCAGUACGGUGGUUCUUAUACGCAGCAAAUGGGCAGCCUCCACCUGUUCAGAGAUUAUACAUGAAUUCAUUCUCGUCAUUGUAGUUCCAUUCUCUGUACUUUCCAUUUGAAAUUAAUUUUUUUCAGUCUUUUUUUUGCAACUUCACAAAAGUCUUGAUUUUAAUUCCCUUGAUUUAAUUAAGAAAGCAUCCUCUGAGGAGUCCAUUUACCCAGUAGAGAAUAGUAUUUUUUAAAGGGCGGAACAAGAUGCUUUGUCUGGGAGGAUAUUAUUUGCUCUCUGUGAGUGUUUGUAUAUAAGUUGCUGAGUAGUCUCUUCUAACACAUGACUUUAAAUAUUUCUUAAAUAAAACAAGGUUCUUUAAAUAAAAUAUGUGAAAUGAAGAUUUUUUUUUUCCUUACACAGAAAUGUUGGCAGUUGACAUGCAGCAUCAUGAACAUUCUGUGUUAAGUUGUUGGUAUGGUUUCAUAUACUUUUUCUUGUUACUUCUUUAUUCAGUGAAGAGAUAUAUCACACUUCAUAAUUAAUGGAGUAUGCUGGUUUGGACCAAGCCAGAGAUGAUCUGUAAUAAGGUUACUAUUGAUCCCCAUCUCCUUUGUGGCUUCUUUUAUCACUCUCCUGCCUCAGAACUUGACAUUAAAACCUUUUAAUUAGAGGUGUCAACUUUACCAACUUUUAUAACUGUAGAAAAAAGACCAGAUGGAAUAUUGUGCUUCAGGAUAAGAAUAAGCUAAAAACGAAUGAAAGAAGGAAGGGGGGCGGUGGGAGAUUUGGGAAAGGUAGAUGCAUCCUACAGACUGAUGAUUUGAAACCCAAAGGCUAUUGUUUAAUUUGAUGACUGGAGAGGUCCAGCCAAUGUUUCCAAAAUCAGUUUCUCUGAAAUCAUCAAAACCAUUGACGAGCCAUUUUGUAAUGGUUCAAGUUAUCAAGCCAAUGGAAGUGAAAAUAAAUGUUUAAAAGAUACAGUGUGCUGGUAGCAUCACAUAUAUCAUCAGAUGAGAAGUACCAGGCCACCACGGAGUAAUCAGAAGCUGGAAGAUUGGGAAACCUUUGGGAGAUUGUGCUUCAAGCAUGUAAGUAGUGCUAAUUGUAAGAUUUUCCUUCCAAUCCAGUUUUCUAGCUUAACAUGUCUCCGCAGAAAACACAGAGGAACACAUAUUUUAAAGUAUUUUUACACACACACACACACACACGCACACACCAGAUACUAAGCAAGGAACAGGUGAGGAAAGAGUAGCACUUUAGGGGAUGACAGUUCCCUUCAAAAAGACUUCAUCACAUAGCAUCACAGAGCAGCUUUUAUCAAUUAAGUUUGAUAUCCAGCUCUAAAUUCUCUGGGAGGAUGACUUAAAUAGAGUUCAACAUGUUGUCAGAUGGUAUCCUCAGACAAGAAAUGAUAAAUGGUAUUAAGCAAGCCACUAUGUCAUCUGACAUACUAACAGUCUGAUUUAAAAUUGCCAAGUAAGCUGGGAAACAAGAGCUGGGGUGCCAUCCAGCCCUAUUGGUAAAUGAGAAAUGGGACCCUGCUGUUAGCAUCACUUCAGUUCCUGGAUAGAUUUCAUUUGAGCCAGCGCCAUCUGGAGAACUGUUAGGGGACAGUGGUUUAGGGCCAUGUAUUUGAUAGGGUCUCCAUGGUUUUACUUUUCUGUUUGGAGCAUUUUUAUUGCUUUUUAAAGGGGCAGAGACAGAUUGCUUAUUUUUCAAACACUUUAUUUCCCCGAAUCUGGUAGAAAAUAUGAAUAUAUCUGAAACCCAAAGCUCAAGAAAAGUUAGAGAACUUCUUUCUAAAUCUAUGCAUUAUGGAAAAGAAUACUACUACAUUUUUUAUAAAACUAAGAUGUUCAAAGUACUGUAGCCUUUUUUCUUCCUAUGCAAAAGUAGAGGAGUUACUUCCUAUGUUCCCAUCAAAUUCUACAUUGAAUAUUGGAUUUUACUCCUAUAUAAUUUCUUCAAGGCUUAUUUUUUGAUACUUUUUUCUUCUUUGAUAGUUUCUCUGUGUUUCUGCAGUGACUGAAGGUGCCUCCUAAGUUCUUUGCUAAGUUCUUCUCUCUGUCAAGGACCCUUACAGGAAAUUUUUAAAAAACAGAAAGAAAAGGAUUUUAUACAUCUUUAAAAUUCUGUUGGUGCUCUGGAGAUAAUAUACACAUUUUCUUUUGGUCAACUGGCAGUUUCCAAAGCUGUGAGGAAGUACUUAGCUUCUUUACCCCCAUUUAUUCAGUAAACUUUUUGUCUUUACUAGACUUUGAAUAAAUAAACUUUAAUUGAGUGGAGGAGGCCGUGCUGGCUGACUUUCCAUUUCUGUGGCCCUAAUUCUAGUUGAGCCUUUCAUCACCUUAGGCUAUGUGGCAGAGUUUGAGUUCAAACUUCAUGCUCAGUCCAGGUGAAAAAGAAAAUGUAACUGUCUUACCUCUCUUAUGAGGGAGGUAGAUGUCCCUGGAUUUUAAUUCUGUUGGUAAACUUCAUCUAUUGCAUUCGUUACAUUAUUCAUUUUGGACUGUAAAUGCUCAGCUCUUUAGGUAAAAUACUCAGUCUCUCUUUCCCCCUCUUCCUUCACAAAGUGACCACUAGUUGCCUGGAGAGGGUGUGGUUGCAAAGCCUUCUUUUUGUGUUCUUGGCAAAGAAUGUCUAAACAUCUAAAGCCACCAUCCUCUCCUCCACUUUCUGUUCGCCUUGAGAUGGGUACAUAGUGCAGGGAUUUCCCAGCUCCAACGUGAGUCACUCAAUACUGCAAGAGGUGGGCUUCCAGCUCCUUUCCUCCUGCCUCAGAGCUGCAGUUCCCUUGGCUCAGCCUUUGUAGUUGGAAGGAAGUCUCCUCUACCUUAGGGGAUAACACUCUGUCAUCUACAGGUUGUUUCUCCAUGAUAUGGUUUGACUGUGUCCCCAACCAAAUCUCAACUUGAAUUGUAUCUCCCAGAAUUCCCACGUGUCGUGGGAGGUAGUUGAAUCAUGGGGCCAGUCUUUCCUGUGCUAUUCUUGUGAUAGCGGAUAAGUCUCACGAGAUCUGAUGGGUUUAUCAGGGAUUUCCACUUUGCUUCUUUCUUAUUCUCUCUUGCCACCACCAUGUAAGAAAUGCCUUUCAUGCUCUGCCAUGAUUGCGACACCUCCCCUGCCAUAUGGAACUGUAGGUCAAAUUAAUCCCCCUUUUCUUCCGAGUCUCGUAUAUGUCUUUAUCAGCAGUGUGAAAACAAACUAAUACACUCAGUAUGUCAAAAUAAUUUAGAAAAUAGUUUCCCCUUGAUAAAUCCUGAUUUUCAAGUCUAUCAUUUUGGUGAGAACCCAAGCAAAAAUCUAAUUUGACCUGUAAAACUGAGAAAUGUCUCUGUGUUCAUAAGAUAGUUGCUCUUCAUCCGAGCUCUGAAACUCGUCCUUUGAAUAGGUGGAAAGCCCCAGGGAAAACAUGAUUCAUAAACUAUGGCAGCAUCUGUGAAAAGAAAUAACUUAUUGACACUGUCCCCAUCACACUUCCGAGACUGCUGAAGCCACCCAGCCUGCAGCCUUUCCCUCUCUGCUGCCGUUCAUCCUCUGGUUUGCCUUAAAGACAUUCUUCCUGAAAUAUCACCCAGAGAAGGGCCUGGGUAUUUCUGAGAGAGUCCAAGAGGUAGAGUUAGAAGUAUGAUGUGACAACUUGAAGAACUAAGCCAGGUAGAAGGAUUAUAUUAUGGUCAUCAAGAACAAUGGAGCCAAAUUGCUCUGUUACCUUGACUAUUUGUGUUAGGUGAACAACAUGUUUUCUUAGAGCAUCCUGGAAAAGUGGCAUCUGUUUGGUGUGUUGAGAUUGAUGAAGAAUUUGAGUUUAGCCUAAUAAUUGCCAAGAGAGAAAAAAAGGAGGGUGGAGUGUGAGAGGAAUAAUUUUAAGAAUAUACACCUCAUGCCCGUUUUCUUCUAGCAAUUGAAUCUUUCCAGCAUCCAGAUUUUUUAUUUACUGUUGAAACAUGCGUCAAACACUACUGGCAAUAGUAUAAAACCUUUUUAAAAAAACGUUUUUAUAGCAUCUAGAAUCUGUGCGAUAUCUUAAAUUGUGUAAUUAUUUUUGUAGUAUUCACAGAAUAGUAUUGUCUCUACAUUCAGUUUUGUGGAUUAUGAUUGUCCUCUUUGUGGAAAUUCAAACAGAAAAGCAAUGAUCAAAGAAACAAAGAACUUAAUUGGCUUUCCAUGUGUGGUAAUUUGUAUGUCUUUAUGCAGUUUGUGAGUUCCAAAUCUUUUCAGAUUGACGAAAAUGAAGACUAGCUGACCUAAAACAUGUGACUCACAGCUCAUUAAUGCAUUCAGCCUGCUUCUCCCUUUGAGUUGGGAGCCUCCUGCUCCCUAUUACUUGGGACCCAGAGGAGAGCCAUGUUGCUCCUUGAUCCUUCACCCUGUUCUGUGGGCACAGAGGUAGCUGUGCCAGCUUGUGCUGGCUGCUUUGAAAGAAAAACAGAUGUGUUCAUCUUCAUCAAUAUAAGUUACAGAGACUAGUGAUAGAAACCUGGGGAGCUUCCUGAGUGUGGGCUCCAUUUGAAACCCCAAGCAGUCCCUGAGCCACACCCUAUUGGAGGGCAUAGGACACACACCUUUACUGUUGAAUUUAAUUAGUUGUCCUAAUGGUGGCAACUUCUGACCAGGUAGGAUGAUGUGAAAACUGUCGUGGUUCUUCAUUGCACCUGAGAAUGAAGGUGGAACAUAUUCAGGGUAGAGUUUAGAAAGUGUGUAAGUUGCAGUGAUAAUAUAAUUUUAUUGUUUAGAAUCUUGAUGUUCUUGAUAUCAUUCCUUGGCUCUAUAAAUGCAAGAUCCAUUCAUCAGGGAUUUACUCAAUCUGUUGCCACCCAUUCUUACGUAGUUGAGAGAGGUAUAUGCUUUUUUAUUUAGAAAUUUGUCAGGGUCACAUGUCCAGUGGAGUUGAGUUGGGAAGAUUGAAGUUAUAUCAGAGACUUACAUCAAAUUGUUAGUGAUGAGACAUGGGUUUGUUUGUAAGUGCCAUGAUGAGCUGCUCUGUAUUUGUGGACAUGAGCUUUUGGAAUGUGCAAUUACAUUUUAUAAGAAAACUCUCUAAAAAUGGAAUUAUUUAGAUGGAAUAUACUUUAUAAAAUGAAGCUAUUGAAAUAACCAGUUUAUAUGAGAAAUCAGGUAUUUCAGAAUUGUUUUGUAAAUGUGAUUGUUGACAACUACUUGGGCCACCUUCUGGCAGUAAGGUAUGCUAAUUUCUGACCCUUUUUCCUGUCUAAGGUGUUUCCUCACAACCUUUUGAAUAAUGAGGUAGUGAUUUUUCUCCACAGCUGAUAUUUCUAUAAAUAACAUUUGGCACUUCA